CAAUUCAAUUACGACACAGAAGAAAAUUGAAAACAUGUCGAUUGGCUUUGUCCUACGGCAAAAUAUUGGAAAAAGUCAAUUACAAGUGUGCACAUCUUAACAGAUAAAGGUAAAACUGAACAUUUAAGGCAUACAUCAAUUGUUUUAAAUCACAAAAAUGAUGACUAGACGAAGCGGUUUGCAAUUAAAGCGAGAAACACGUUCUUCGAAUGUGAAAACUGAAAUCGAAUUGAAAACAGAACUCAAACAAUCCGAAAUUCGCUUCCGUAAAGCAUGCAACCAGAUCAAUUUACUGAACAAAAAGAUGGAAAGCAUUCACAAACGUUAUAACUGUGCUAAAAAGAAGAAUCACCGUGUGUUCAGAUACAAGUUGCGGCUCAGACUCGCCGUCGUGGAGGGGCUUAGGAACAUGUAUUAUGAAUAUGCAAACAAAAAGGCAUCUCGUGUUGUGGAGCUUCGCAGCGAGUUGUUUAAUGAGAAUGUGGAGAUUGUGCAGCAGGAGGAUAGCGAGUUUGAAGAUUCUGAAAUGGAAGACAGCAAUGAGUAGAGGGUUAGCACAACAGCCUGGAUAUUAGUGUUUGUUUAAUUGUACACAAUGUAAGGCCAUUUGAUUCAUGUACAUGAAUUUGUUAAAAUAACGUUUUGAAGCAGAGUGUAAUUAUCACUUGAGUUAUAUUGUUAUUACGGAAAUGAACUUCGUAGAUGUGACAUUAAGAUUUUAUAUAGUGAUGGUAUGCUUUUUAAGACCUUAAAGCAAAGGUUGUGCACAUGUUUAAGCUUUAAAAUGUAUUGACGUGAUUAAGUCUGUAUAGUUAUCUAGUGCAUAUCAAUUUCUGUUGGGUACAAGGAGAUCAAUAGGUUACACAGCAAGAUAAGAUAAUUUGUUAAUCAAUAUAUCUUUCCCAUUAUAAAAUACUCUGUGCAACAUAAUGAGUCCAAUGUUAUCAGUUUUUGCCAAGGAAUUUGUGCUAUGAACAUGUUUAUAUGCGUCAAGAGAAGGUACUUUGGGGGGGGGGGGGGGUUAAAAAAAUUGUUCAAGUUUGCCUUUUUCUAAGGGGUUGUCUAUGACACAUUUAUAGAAACUUUAUGAGCAGCAAAGAACAUAUACUGAAAUGAAAGAACAACUUUUAAACAUUCCUCAAAUUAAGAUGAUUCUUUUUGGACAGGAACAGUUUCAUUAAGCUGUUAUGAAUUGUCAAACAAAUGUAAUUUUAUUGUUUGUCUAAUUAGUAUGUCAGCUGUAACAUUUGUGUUUGCUACCCUUAAGGUGUUAAAGACUAAAGUAGUGAAACAAAAUUAUGUAUACAAAUUGUAUUUGCUCAAAAAUUCAAACAAGCUUUGUCUUUAACACUUAAUUAAAUAUAACAACACCUAAGUACCAGAUUUAAACGUUUACACCUCACAAAAGUAUGGAUGUUUAUUGUGUAUAAUUUCUUAAGAAGAACAUAAAUCAAGAUGGCCAAGUGGGUCUACUUAAGAUCUCUGCUCAAUCAUGUAAUGUAGUUUCCAACCCUUGAAAUGCAGGCCUGCGAAAUCGUGUUAAUUAUCAUCAUAAUGUGCUCUGGGAAUUGCACCGGAAUAAAGCCCCUUUUUCAUAUAAAUGAUUGUAUUGGUUUUAUUCCUUUGCUUUUUUCGUUCUACUGUGAUGACUAUUGCUUUUGUCAAGAAUAUGAACCAUGCUUUGGAAAAACUGGAAUUUAUUCUAAUUCACCAAAUAAGCCUAAGAAGUCUGCAAGCUUAUCAGGGACCACACUUUCCACUUUAACUGGAUUGUUAGAAAGAGGAGUCUACCUUGAAAUGAAAAACACCGUAAACAUGGAUAGUGUUGUCACUGAUAAGUCUGUGCAGACUGCACAGGCUAAUGUCGGACGACACUUAAUGCACAUGCAUUAAGCCCCUUUUUCUCAGAGCGUGUUCCAUAUUUUGUUGUUGACUGUCAGCAUGUUAAAUUGUUCUCAGUUCAACAAAUGUUGAAAUUUUCAUUAGCAUCCAUUAUAACAAGUAUGGUUGUGCCAGUAGGUUGAAUGUAAAGAAUAUAAGCUUCGUGUUAUUUUGCAAUUCAACAACUGUUAAGCAUAUUUGUUAAGGAGUUGAAAAUGAAUAGUCAGCUUGAAAAAAAAGUGAUAUGAGUGUGAUCAUGGUUUUUGUCAUUGAUGUCCAAGUGAGAAAAAACAUUUCAGAAAACCAAACUCUUCAAACAUACUGUAUCAGCUUGGCAUUAGUAUUAUUUACCAAUUUCUGUGUAUGGUAUUUAAGUGUUCUUUUUGUGGGGAUUAACGUAUGGAAGAGUUGUUGUUUAGGAGUACGAAUGUAUAGAAGCGUGGUUUUUAAGUUUCCUUUACAACUGUAUAAAAGAGUUGUUUUUUAGAAUUACGAUUGUAUGGAAGAGUUGUUGUUUAGGAGUACAAUUGUUUGGAAGAGUUGUUGUUUAGGCGUAUGAUUGUAUAGAAGAGUUGUUGUUUAGGAGAACAAUUUUAUGAAAAAGUUGUUGUUAAGAAGUGUGUUUGUAUGGAAGAGUUGUUUAGUUUCCUUUACAACUGUACAAAAGAGUUGGUGUUCUAUUGUAUGGAAGAGUUGUUGUUAAGGAGUAUGAUUGUAUAAAAGAGUUGUUUAGGAGUCUGAUUGUAUGGAAGAGUUGUUGUUUAGGAUUAGGAUUGUACGGAAGAGUUGUUGUUUAUGAGUAAGGUUGUAUGGAAGAGUUUUUUUUAGGGUACGAUUGUAUGGAAGAGUUUUUUUAAGGGUACGAUUGUUUGGAAUAGUUGUUGUUUCCUUGCAAAUUUUAAAUGAAUUGUUAAUUUAAGUACUUUGUACUGAAUGUUUUGAUUUCUUCUGUACCCACUUUGAGUUAUUGUAAUGUUUUGUAUGUUGGACUUGAUAAUUAUGUACAUUAUUUUAUUUCAUGUUACUUGGCUUAUUUUACCUUUUAGUUUUAAGAGGUUUUAGCCCAAGUGGAUCUUAUAUGAACUUGACUCACCUCAGUGUGAAUUAAAAUGUUUGAAGAUUAACCUUUAAGGUACAUAUUUUAAUAGAUAUUUGAAUUUGUUAACCAUAUUUUAUAAUUGCUUACUGAUACAUUUUGUAUUGUUUUAUUUGUAAGAAUAUGACUGUAGACAGUUUGGAUAAAACUGUUAAUGUACCAACAGUUGACCAUUUGAUAGUUGAUAUGGCCAGGCAUAAUUUUUUUCUUUUCUUGCAAUAUUGGAUGCCUACACAGGCAGCCCUCUUUAGCACAGCCAAUGAGUUAAGCUCCCAGAUUCAAGUACGCAACAUGUAUGUUAUACUUUCUUUAAUAGAUAAUUAAUCAAGAAUGCUGAGAGAUUCAUUUUUGAAGCAGUAUAAGGCUAUAAGCCUGAAUUAAAGGAUUUCACAGGCCUAAAUAAGUGAAUUUAAUUACUGAUUCACAACGUCCAUUUUUUAUUCAAUGGUUAAUUGCAAGAAAUGUUUCAAGCUAGUUGAAUGAUCAGAAUACCAACUUGUGUUAUUGAGUUGCCCAUUGCACAAAUCCUCUCGCUCAGAGUUAAUGGGAAGCCACUAAUUUCCAUCCCUGAUGGCCAUUCUCUUUUAAUUUCUCUAUGAUAGCCUUUUGCUAACAAAAGUAAUAAAUGUUCUUAGAAAUGUUAUACUUUGCCUCACAAUUGUCCCAUUAAAAACCUGUAUCUUUGUUGAAAUUCAUCAAGGAAUAUUUUCUCCCUGAGAUUGCCUUACAAUUUAAAUGAAUGGGAAUGCCAUUAAGGUACAGUGUGCACAUCAAAGGGUCAUAAAGAAAAACAACAUUUAGCUGUGAAAUCUAAGUUCAAAGUUAUUAUUAAAAACUGAUAUUGCAAUGAGGAGGAAUGUUUGGGGCUAAAAUAAGACAUCAUUUGUUAAUAGCAUUGUUGAAGUUUUUGUUUAGAUUUUUAAUUUGUUGCCUUUAAGAAAAACAGGCUUUUAAGUUGACCUUAAAAGUGUCUGCAUUUUUUUUGUACUUUAAGUUUUUGGUUCAAGAUACUGUAAACUGAAGAUAAACACAAAAUACAGUUUUAUUAAUUUUUGUUUUUCAGAAUGUGUAUGCUUUUUUGUAUAUAUUUGUGAAGUUUGUUCUUUAACAUACAAUAUUGUAUGAAAACCUUAUAUGUCAGUUUAAGAUUAUUUUUAAACAAUUCAUAAUGUUCCCUUGGUAAAGUGAAUUUGAUGCUAAUCACAAUGUUUGUAAACCAAGGAGAGUUUUGUGUUUUGUAUUUUGUUUUGAACUAAGUUGUUUUAACAUAUAUUUGGUUCUCUGCCAUCUUUGUGCAAGAUUAGAGUACUAAUUGAUUCACUAAACAUGUUAGCUUCUGUUAAAUGCUAUUGUAUGACCAACCACAAUUCUACAUAAGGUCAAGUGACUAUUUAUGCAAUUAUGGUAAAUGUUUAUCAAGACAGGAAUUUCUAUUCCUUACCCUUGCAGAAACAUAAACGAUGAUUAAUAUUCAAAUUGGUUCAUAUUUUAAUAUAAUGCAUGUGAAUUAGUUGCGUUCAUACUGGGUGGACUAUUAAUUCUUGAAUUCUCCGUUUAGUUUGUCCAAGAUUGUCGCCCUUUGCACAAAGUUAAAAAUGUCAAGUUGUACAUUCACUUUGAGAAAUAGUGGUAACAAACGCUAUUCUCUUCCGUGUGCUUUGAAUGGAGACAAGACAUGAGCUUUACUUUUUUAUGCCCCCAGAUCGAAUGAUCGGGGGCAUAUUGUUUUUGGCCUGUCUGUCUGUCAUUCUGUCCCAAAACUUUAACCUUGGUUAAAGUUUUGCGAUAAUUUGCAAUAUUGAAGAUAGCAUCUUGAUAUUUUGCAUGCAUGUGUAUCUCUUGAAGCUGCGCAUUUUGAGUGGUGAAAGGUCUAGGUCAUCCUUCAAGGUCAAAAGUAAAAAAAUACAAUCCAAGGGAAGUAAUAAGCUUUAAAAGGGAGAUAAUUUUUAAACCUGCCAAAUUAUAUAUAUUGAAAUUUUAUUUCAAAGCGGCGCAAUAGGGAGCAUUGUGUUUCUGACAAACACAUCUCUUGUUACAUGUUAAUAAUGUUGGACCGAGUCUCACUGAUAAUUUUGAAUGAUGAAUAUUUGUAUAAAGUAUUUGACAUGGUGUUGUUUGCUGAAUGUUGUUUUUUAACAAUAUGGAUUGCACGGUAAAUUGUGCAUGGAAUUAUUGUUAAUAAUUAUAAUAAAUGUAUCUCAAACUUAA